AUGGGUAUUCAGCUGCGUAAGCUGAUGCGCUCUCGCGUUAUCGUAGUAUUUGGUACAACCAGCCGUAUUGGUCGCGCGGCGUUAGAAGUAUUGGCCGCACAAGACCAAGUUUCGGUGGCUCUCGUGGCGGCAGUUGAAAGCCCAAAAGAUUCACGAGUGCAGCGGUUAAAGUCCGCGACAAACUGUUUUGUCGUGCAGUGUGAUUUUGCUCAAGGUGGAGAGGACUCACUUCGUCGUGCUGUGCGCAACGCGGACGCCGUACUCCUUGUCCCUGCACUAUCAGAGAGUGGAGUGCGUUUUUCGAGGCGUGUCAUCGAAGCUGCAGCAGCAGAGCAGGUGUCUCGGCUUGUUGUGAUCAGCAGCAUCUUGGCAUCGCCGGAAUUAUUAGGGCGCUGUCGUCAAGAGCACGCAAACGAAAGACCAGCAACUGAAGCUGUCGGUUCAACCCCUACUCAUGUUGCCGCGCUGGAGGGCUACGAGGCAGUAGAGGCUCAUGCAAGAAACUUGCUUCCCGAGCAAGGUCGUUGUGUGUUUUUGCGAAUUCCUCUUCUCAUGGAGACGCUGCUUUAUUGUCGUGAUGAGCUGCUAUUCGCCAACCGGUUCAUCGGGUGCUUCCAGCCAGACACGCAUGUGCCUUGCAUUUCGGUCCGUGAUGUCGGAUAUGCAGCUGCCGAGGUGCUGGCAAACCCAAAGCGGAAGUACGAGUUGGUAUAUCGAUUGACUGGUGGGAUCACUGCAAGCUGCAGCCCAAAUGAAAUAGUUCAUUCCCUCACGGGGCAUCUUGGGCGAGAGAUAAAGUACCGCAAAUUGAGCGACGCGGACUUCCUCCGUGCAAUGAAGGAGAAGAAUACCCCGGAUCAAGUAGCUCAAGGCACUGUUGGACUUCGAAUAUUUUUGGAAGAGCGUGAGGCGGGUGGAGAAGAAGCGAAUAGUAAUCAUGAAAAGGUGACGAGUCAGACUCAACAGGAGGAACACCGCUCGCUUCAUCUACCGGAAGCGUUUCACAGUACAAGCGACUUCCGACUGCUUACAAAGCGUAAUCGAAAGACCCCCCGACAAUGGCUACAGCGGCAUGCGGUUUCGUUGUUCGCGCGCACGCCGCAAAACCAAGUACAAUUGUUUGUUGUGGGCUCGGGCGAGGCCCUGUUUCUCGAGGUGAGCAAGUUCGUGGCGAGCCAGAUUACGGCACCGUCGACGCUUCCACCGCGGGAUAUUGGCGAAAGCGCCAUUCCAACGGUUCUUCCUGGUCGCCACAGUCAACGAGGAGUUAAUAAAAGCCUUGAGCAGGCCAAAGUUACACUGUGCACUGUCAAGGCAGCUCCGGGGAGUACCGAGAGAAGACGAUCUUCAGGGGUACCAGCGCCACCAACUGUGUACCAGCUCGAGGGAGCUCCGCCGUAUCCCAUGGCAGACUUGUUAACGCAGCUUUCGUCAUUGGAUGUUGUGCUGCUCAUUCCCCCGCUCCGACUUGGUAGCAGAGCUUGCCUUGAUGUGGUACGUGCCGUGGUUUGGGCUGCCGUGCGUGCAAAUGCCUGGGGUGUGGUGCUAGUAAGCUCGAUUUUUGUGGGUUCCCCCACGUCCCAGCAAAGCGUAAUUCUUGACCAACUCGAGGAAAUCGAGAACUGCGUCAAGUCGUCAGGAGUCUCGUACACGAUCAUGCGGCUCCCGUUGUUCAUGGAGUAUUUGUUGGCACUUACGCAUUGCGAGGAAGGCAGCGAGGGUCUGGGCAGUCUGGAAGAGGAAAAACGGGAAGUGCCGCCCGUCGAUGAAGCUGGAUUCGAAUCAGAGCCGAAGGGCGAAACUCCUCGUGAAGUGGAGACAGGAGAAACCAUGGCGACGAUGCCGUCUCCCCCCUCGCAUAUCAUGUGGCCGCUGCUCGAGUCAUCGCUUGCGUCUGCACGAGUCUACUUGAUGUCUCUCGAGGACGCAGCGAAGGCUCUGGUGGCCGCUGCUUUCACGUUUCCACUGCAUCGAGGGAAGACAAAAGAGCUCUACACCGCAAGCGUAACGAUGACAGAAGUGCAGCGUAUUCUGCAACGCCACGCAAACAAGGCUCGCCCAGUGCGGUUGAGCCGCGUGGAUGCUCUGGGAGAGCAACAUGGUCGUGAAUUUUGGCGUGUAGCAUACUGGCCUCGUGCGCACACGCAGCAGUUCCUUGAAUGUGCUGUGGAAUUUGCGAAGGACGUGCAAACUGCUGCCGAGACUGCAGCUGCUGUUGGAGGCCGCGUUGACACUAGUGCGAUGGUGUUGCCUGUGUCGCAAAGCUUCGAAGACCUCACCGACAUUCCACCAGUACCUUUGGAUCAGUGGGCUGAAGCCAAUUCCAAGCGCUAUACGCAAGUGCUUGCUGCUUACUGA